AUGUCGCAACGAUUCGGCGUCUCAUCCCUCCACCAGCGCGACGCGCGGAGUCAACUCUUUGCAGGCUACAACCCCGGCCAGCAGUCUGCACGAUCGAGCCCGGGAAGCGUAGGCGGAUACGGAUACGGAGUGGGCGCGAACCCGUACCAGCACCGGCAACAGUCUUCGUCGGCAUACGGCGGCGCUCCCAUCACCCCCGGGGGAGGAGGAGGAGGAGGAGGAGGAGGAGGAGGCUUCCGAUCGGCAACGCCGAAUAGGAAGGGGCAGUAUAGCGAUGCGGUCCUGAAUGAGCUGGAGAGUCAGAAUGACGAUCAGGUCGCUGGGAUCCUCGGCAAGGUCCGGGUUCUAAAGGACAUGACAUCGGCCAUUGGUGACGAAAUCCGAGAAUCCUCAGCCCUAGCGGAAACGAUGAACGAGACAUUUGACAGGACCAGGAUCCGUCUCCGGGGGACCAUGAACCGCAUGAUGAUCAUGGCUGAGAGGUCCGGCAUACCGUGGAAGGUGUGGCUCGGCUUCUUCACCUUUGUCAUCCUGCUAUUCGUCUACGUCUGGUUGUUCUAG